UCGAAUCUACCAGAGGGAGGGAAUCCCCGCCCAUCCUGGAGGCUCGGCGGAUCCCCAGCGCCGCGCAGCUGGGAGAGCUGGCGGAGGAGCAGACUCCCGGCGCCCGUGCGUGCGGCCCCGGGUGGGAAGACGAGGUGUGAACGCGUCCAGGGGAGGUCCCCCUGUUGCUGCUGGAGGAACACCUCAUUUUCAAGUCCUUUGCACAGGCCCCCUGUGAAAUGACCCAAGCAAAGACUGUUCAGACGUUUCCUUCCUUCCCUCGUUGACACUCUGGGCCCUGCGAUUGUUCCACUGUUGUUCUAACAGAGUCCCAUCCUCCUCUCAUCAAAGCAAACAGCCAGGACUGGAGUAAGUGUUUCUUAGGCUUGUCUGCCAGCUGAACAUGACCACAGGCCAAGCUGAUGACAGCCCGUGUUCCCGAGGGACGUGGGGCCCUGCGGGGCCUGGCCCCCAGGAGCAGGUCCUCUCAUGAUGUUGGCAUCCGGGAGUGAGCACCAUGCCCAUCACCCAGGACAAUGCCGGGCUACACCUGCCCCUCCUCUACCGGUGGCUGCAGAACAGCCUGCGGGAGGGCGGGGAUGGGCCGGAGCAGCGCCUCUGCCAGGCGGCCAUCCAGAAGCUACAGGAGUAUAUCCAGCUGAACUUUGCAGUGGAUGAGAGUGCAGUCCCAGCUGAUCACAGCCCCCCAGGGAUGGAGAUCUGCACUGUGUACCUCACCAAGGAGCUGGGGGACACAGAGACUGUGGGCCUCAGUUUUGGGAACAUUCCUGUUUUUGGAGACUAUGGAGAAAAGCGCAGAGGGGGCAAGAAGAGGAAAACCCACCAGGGCCCUGUGCUGGAUGUGGGCUGCAUCUGGGUGACGGAGCUGAGGAAGAACAGCCCGGCAGGGAAGAGUGGGAAGGUCCGGCUUCGGGAUGAGAUCCUCUCCCUGAAUGGGCAGCUGAUGGUCGGAGUUGAUGUCAGUGGGGCCAGUUACCUGGCUGAGCAGUGCUGGAAUGGCGGCUUCAUCUACCUGAUCAUGCUGCGGCGCUUCAAGCAUAAGGUGCAUUCUCCUUAUAACGGCAACAGCAGCAACAGCUCUGAACCCGGAGAGACACCUACCUUGGAGCUGGGGGACCGAACUGUGAAAAAGGGAAAAAGAGCAAGAAAGUUUGGGGUCAUCGCCAGGCCUUCCCCCAACAAAGCCUCCGAAGAUUCCAAGAGCAGUCCUGGCGGUGAGUUGGACAAUGACCCCAUCUCUGAGCUGGGCAAUGGUCUUGACCCUGAAUUGGGAAACGGUCAUGCUGCUUCGGAGCUAGAAAAUGGCCCAGAUUCGCUCAAGGAGGUGGCAGGAUCCCACCUGGACAGGUCGGAAUUGGACAGAGGGACAGAGCCUCAAAUUCCAAGGAUAGAUGCUCCUCUGGCCACAAGCAGUGACAAACGCCGCUUCUCAAAAUCUGGGAAAACGGACUUCCAGUCCAGCAACUGUCUGGCAAAGGAGGAAGUUGGCCGGAUAUGGAAGAUGGAGCUGCUUAAAGAAUCGGAUGGGCUGGGAAUUCAGGUUAGUGGAGGCCGAGGAUCAAAGCGCUCACCUCACGCUAUCGUUGUCACUCAAGUGAAGGAAGGAGGUGCCGCUCACAGGGAUGGCAGACUGUCCUUGGGAGAUGAGCUGCUGGUAAUCAAUGGCCACUUACUGGUCGGGCUCUCCCACGAGGAAGCUGUGGCCAUUCUUCGCUCAGCCACUGGAGUGGUUCAGCUGGUGGUGGCCAGCAAGGAAACCUCUGAAGAGGACCUGCUCAGGCUAACAUCAAAGAGUUUGCCCGAUCUGACCAGCUCGGUAGAGGACGUGUCUUCUUGGACAGACAACGAAGAUCAGGAGCCCGACGGGGAGGAGGACGAAGGAACCGGCUCAUCUUCUGCCCAGGGAGCAAUGCCUGGGACAGAGGAGCCCCAAGAUUCGUGCGGCCCCGAGGAAUCCAAGGGGAACUUGGAAAGUCCCAAACAGGGCAGCAAUAAAAUGAAGCUCAAGAGUCGUCUUUCAGGCGGCGUACACCGUCUAGAGUCUGUUGAAGAGUAUAACGAGCUGAUGGUGCGAAAUGGGGAUCCCCGCGCCCGGAUAUUGGAGGUCUCCAGAGAUGGCCGAAAGCACUCUCUCCCACAGCUCCUGGACUCUACAGGCUCAGCACAGGAAUACCACAUUGUGAAGAAGUCCACCCGGUCGCUAAGCACUACUCAGGUGGAAUCUCCUUGGAGACUCAUCCGGCCGUCAGUCAUCUCUAUCAUUGGGCUGUACAAAGAAAAAGGCAAGGGCCUUGGCUUUAGCAUUGCUGGAGGUCGAGACUGCAUUCGAGGACAGAUGGGGAUUUUUGUCAAGACCAUUUUCCCAAAUGGAUCAGCUGCAGAGGAUGGAAGACUCAAAGAAGGGGAUGAAAUCCUAGAUGUAAAUGGAAUACCCAUCAAGGGCUUGACAUUUCAAGAAGCCAUCCACACCUUUAAGCAAAUCCGGAGUGGCUUAUUCGUCUUAACGGUACGCACCAAAUUACUGAGCCCAAGCCUCACCCCCUGCUCGACACCCACACACAUGAGCAGAUCCAGCUCCCCCAACUUCAACGCCAGCACGGGGACCUCUGCGGUGGGGGCCGACGAGGGGAGCUCCUCGUCCCUGGGGCGAAAGGCCCCCGGGCCCAAGGACAGAAUUGUCAUGGAAGUAACGCUCAACAAAGAGCCAAGAGUUGGACUAGGCAUUGGUGCCUGCUGCCUGGCCCUAGAAAACAGCCCUCCUGGCAUCUACAUUCACAGCCUUGCCCCAGGAUCAGUGGCCAAGAUGGAGAGCAAUCUGAGCCGCGGAGAUCAAAUCCUGGAAGUGAACUCUGUCAACGUCCGCCAUGCUGCUUUGAGCAAAGUCCACUCCAUCUUGAGCAAAUGCCCCCCAGGACCCGUUCGCCUGGUCAUCGGCCGGCACCCUAAUCCGAAGGUUUCCGAGCAGGAAAUGGAUGAAGUGAUAGCACGCAGCACUUAUCAGGAGAGCAAAGAGGCCAAUCCCUCUCCUGGCUUAGGUACCCCCUUGAAGAGUCCUUCUCUUGCUAAAAAGGACUCCCUGACCUCUGAAUCUGAUCUCUCCCAGUUCUUCUCUCACGACGUCCCAGGCCCGCUCUCUGACUUCAUGGUGGCCGGCUCAGAGGACGAGGCCCCGGGAAGUGGCUGCAGCAGCUCCAAGGACAGCAGCCUGCCAGCCGGCCCAUCCCCUCACAAGGAACCAGGAAAAGCCAGAGCCAACAGCCUUGUGACUCUCGGAAGCCAGUGGGCCUCUGGGCUCUUCCACAAGCAGGUGACAAUCGCCAGACAAGCCAGUCUCCCUGGGAGCCCACAGGUCCUCCGAAACCCUCUCCUCCGCCAGAGGAGGGUGGGCUGCUAUGAUGAUGAUGCCAGCGACGAGGAAGAGUUUGAUGGGGAAGGGGACUGUAUUUCCCUCCCAGGGACCCUCUCAGGUCCCAGCAGGCCUCUGACAGAGGACGGCUGUGUCUCGACAGCCUCUUCCAAGGGCCCAGGGAUCCACCAAGAGGAACAUCGCCAGAAAACACUGGUCAGCAAGGCCUCCUCAGUGCCUCUCCUUGGCAGCUCACUGGCCUUACAGGAGAGUAUCCCAGGGAGCACGGGCGACGCCCUUCCCCAUGUGGCCAACCCUGGCCCUUCAGAGGCUGCCAAGGGUAGCCCUGGCUGCUCGGGGAGAAGGGAACUCUCGGGAUCUCGGAGUUCACCCAAGUUGGAGUGCAAAGCUGUGACAGGCACCCAGAGCCUGGCGAGCACGGACGGCCCCACUUCCCUGCAGCAGAAGAAUGACAGCCUGGGGUCCAGGCACAAACCAGUGGCCAGGGUCAGCCCACACUGCAAGCGGCCCGAAGCUGAGGCCAGGCCCAGGAGCUCAGAAACAGCAAACCUAACCGAUGGAGCCAGUGACCCAUGCAGUCCCGACUCGAAAGUCCAGGCCGCUUCCGUCCAAGUGACCGUGACUGGUUAUCAACCAGGUGCGACGGUGGAGAAGGAAUCUCUGGGGAAGCCAACCACUGGGGACGGGCAGGUCCCCACCGACUGGGGGCCAGCUGGCUCCCUGCCCCAUCCAGAUGCCGGUCACCCCACAGAGAACCCACCUGAAGCUGCACCCAAGCAAGGGCAACAAUCCAAAACAGAGGUGGACAGGAUAGCCCGUAUGCAGGCCUUUUCAGCAGGCAUCUCCAGGACAGGCGCUAGAACUCAUCUCAUGAGGACAAGACAGCUCCCCAGGCCCUGUCCCUUCCCGGGACAGGCUCACCCUGACUCCAGCAACACCUCUGUGGACACAGGGCGAGUGAGGCAUCCUGAGGGCCCUGGAGAGCCGGAGUCACCCAGGGUCCCCAUGUCUGAGGACAGCACAUCCCCGGGGAAGACAGCAAUGGCUGGACCUGAGCUGGAGAUGAGAGCAGUCUCAGAAGCCAGCUCACCGGAUGCCAUCAGGAAGGCAGCUGAUAGGGAUGUGGGAUCCGAAGCCAAGGGGACAUCUCCAGCUAGCGCCGUGCUGUCACCAGACCUCACAUCCCAGGAGAAACGACAGGAGCUUCCAGGUCACCAGAGCAAGGCUCUGCAAACCACAGGCAUCCUCGUCCCUGAAAAAUGCCAAGAGUUGUCUCUGCAGGAGGGAACAGGCUCCGGCUGUGUAAGGGCGCCUCAGUCCCCUAGCCAGGAGGCCCGGGAGGGACGCGGCAGUGCCUUGGGAACCGGCUGCCCCCAGGGGAGCCCCAUGACUGACAUCGACACGCUCAUCGAGGAGCUGGAUGCUUCUGGAGCCAGGCUCCCAACUACCAAGAAAGGGGAGCCACUGAGCCAGGAGGGCGCUGCCCAGGGCCCCCCGCCGGCCGCUGAGAGCCAGACCCCCGACCCCACCCCGAGGCGCCCCCGUGCCGCCGGCCCGGCCCCGCCCCCGCAGUGGGCUGCCCAGCCUUCGGUUCUGGAUUCCAUCAAUCCCGACAAACACUUUGCUGUGAAUAAAAGCUUUCUGAGCAACUACUCUAGAAAUCUCAGCAACCUCCACGAAGACAGUACGUCACUUUCGGGCCUGGGCGACAGCACGGAGCCGUCCCUCUCGUCCAUGUACGGAGAUGCUGAGGACUCAUCUUCCGACCCUGAGUCACUCUCCGAAGCCCCCCGAGCUCCCGCCCGGGACAGCUGGUCCCCUCCGCGUCCCUGUCCUCGUGGGUCUUCUCACAAGGGAGACACUACAGAGUCUGAGGAGGAGCAGGUUGAAAUUUGUUCCGCGAGUGGGUCCCCCAACCGGCCCUCCGCUCCGGCCCUUGCUUCUGCCCGGGUGGCCGUCGGCCCGGCCUUCGCCAAGGUCCUGCCCUUCAAGCGGGGAGCCCUGGGCCCAGCAAAGGGAGACUCCCGCCACACAGCCUCCUUGACACCUGUUGCCUCGGGCCCCACAGCCCUGGACCCUCCCCAGCCACCCCCUCCUGCGGCUAAGGGUGUCCCUGGACCACAGCCCCCCUUGGGCAGGGGACACGGGGAAGCCACCCGGCCUCCUCCAGGCCCCCCAGACACCCCCAGCUCUCCUAACAUGGUGAAUGGUUUGGAGCACGACUGGCUGGAGGAGCAGACCCCACCUAAGGAACAAGAAACAAACGCAACCACUGAACGUGGGUCCUCCUUCAGCGCAGAUGUCCCUGAGGUCGGCCUGCCGGACCUGGGGAACCUGCACAUCUCCGAAAGUCAGGACCCAGAUGACUCGCUACAGAAGCCGAAAAUGAUCUCCAGGCGGCCCAUCGUGGCCUGGUUUAAAGAGAUAAAUAAAAACAACCAAGGGACACAUCCGCAGGGCAAAGCCGAAACAGAACGAUCCACGAUGCUGGCCAGAAGUCCAGACCCCAAAAGUCAGGCGCUGGGCUCAAGCCACAGAAAGGGGGUUGCUGUGCCGGAUAGUUCUCCUCUCCUGAAGCUGAAUCUUGAGAAUAAAGACCCGCCCAAAAAAAGUUCCAUGGACACCCUUUUGAGUAACUGUCAGAAAACCAAAGCUGGUCCUAAGCUGAAGAGACUGAGCAUCAAAAGCAAAAGCAAAGUCAGUUCCGCCCCCACCUCUCACACGGGGAAGGCGGGGAGCACUGAGCCCAGGAAAGCCCUUGUUUCCCCCCAAGCCACCCACAAAAUGCUUCCUAAGGUGGUGGCACACCGGUUCCACACAGCUGACCAUGAGGAACAGGAUCAAAACACCGCAGCAGCCCCCCAAUCUCCCCAGAGUGUGCUGGAGGGCAAGCCUCCUCUGGGGGCCCCAGGCUCCCUGAAGCCCUCGGCCUCGGAUACCAGCAUCAGGACGUUCACGUCACCCUUGUCCUCCCCCAGGACUCUUCCUGAGCAAGGUGCCUGCGGUAGGCUCCACCCAGCUGUGCACUCAGAACCCAACCGAGGUUGCCCAGCAGCACCCAGGUCUCCGAAGUGUGGACCAGAAAGCAAGGCUCCUGCAGCCCCAGGGCCUGCGAGUCCCUUGGCACCAAGGAGUGGGUCCUCGGGGGCCAGCAAGUGGGAAGCCACCCCUCCCAGGCAGGGCCAGCGGCCCCAAUCCAGCCACUUGGACUCAGCAGCAGAAGCCACCCAGGCUGGGGUGACUGGUGACAAAAGAAGCAAAGUGGCUGCUGGUGAGCCUCUAGAAAGAACUAACCAGCUGAAAAUCAUUGAGAUCUCUUCUGAAAGGAUGCCAAAGAACACAUGUGGUGACAAGACAGCUGAGAGUGACAGACAGGGAGAGUUCUUGGCCCAGAGCAACUGUCAGGAGAAGAGUGAAGUCAGGCUCUGUCACCAGUCAGUGGAAUCCUCCCCAAAUCAUCCAUCCUCACUGACGCCUCGGACCUCCCAGGGAGAGCUGGAAACGCAGAGAUCUUUCACCAUGGCGAAACUGACUUCCUCCUCCUCCUCCCCGCAGCUGCCAGCUGGAAAGGCAGAUCCCUGCCAGGGAAAGUCAGGCCAGAUGUCAGACGCCCUUGGGACGUCCAGGAGCAGUGCACCAGCGGGCUCGGCACUGGAUGACCAUCCCUACUUCACGCCACGGCCAGCGACCAGGACCUACUCCAUGCCAGCCCAGUUCUCCAGCCAUUUCAGCCGAGAGGGGCACAUCCUGCACAGCCCAGGGCGCACCCCCCGGGACAGCCAGAGCCCUGCCGCUAGCGGGGGCCACCUGGAGGCCAAGGCAUCCAGAGGUGCUGUGCUGGGCCUGGUUAAUGGACAGGGGAUGUAUAGCGUAAAGCCCCUGCUGGAGACGUCGAGGAACCUUCCAACCACAGACGAAGGGGAUGUCCUUUCAGUGCCGGAAACGAGCUGCCUGCUCACAGACAAAAUCAAAGUCACCAGAAGACACUACUACGCAGAGCAGAACUGGCCCCAUGAAUCUACCUCAUAUUUCUCUGUGAAGCAGAGGAUCAAGUCUUUUGAGAACCUGGCCAAUUCUGACCGGCCUGUGGCCAAGUCCGGGGCCUCCCCUUUUCUGUCGGUCAGCUCCAAGCCUCCCGUUGGGAGACGGUCAUCCGGCAGCGUGGCUUCCGGGAGCCUCGGCCACGCCAGUGACCCAGUAUCGAGGUCACUGAGACGCAGCUUGAGUUCCUGCAGCGAAAGCCAAGGUGAAGCCAGCGCCGUCGUCCCCCCGAUGGCCAAGUCCCCGUCGAGCAUGAUGCUGACCAUCUCCCGGCAGAGCCUGGUGGAGGCCGGUAACAAGGGCUCUGACUCGGACCCAAAGAGAUGGCUGGGUCCUUCGGGAAUCCCCACCCCAGCGGUGACCCCGGCGUCUCCCGCCAAGAGGAAUAAGUCCUCCGUGCGUCACACCCAGGCCUCGCCUCUGUCCCGCUCGAAGCUGCAGGAGCUGAGAGCCCUGAGCAUGCCUGACCUUGACAAGCUCUGCAGCGAGGACUUCUCAGCUGGGCCGACUGCUGUGCUCUUCAAAACCGAGCUGCAAAUCGUCCCCCAGAGGUCACUUGGCUCCCCUCCUGGAGGCCUCAGGGGGUCCACCGCCUUUUCCUGCCCCGUGAAGGGCGCGGACAGGGCCAGCCCUAAAGCCACUGAGCCCAGGGCACCCAGUUCAGCCCCCAAUAUGAGUGAGAUAACCCAGGAUCUGCCUUCCGGAAAAAGCUGGUCAGUUAAUUUGCAUCAACUUCUGGUCUCGGCGGGGAACCAGCAAAGACUGCAGUCUGUUUUGACAUCCGUGGGGUCAAAAUCUACUGUCCUAACUCUCAUUCAGGAAGCGAAAGCACAAUCAGAGAAUAAAGAAGAUGUUUGCUUCAUAGUCUUGAAUAAAAAAGAAGGCUCAGGUCUGGGAUUCAGUGUGGCAGGAGGGACAGACGUGGAGCCAAAAGCAGUUGUGGUCCACAGGGUGUUUUCUCAGGGGGCAGCUUCUCAGGAAGGGACCGUGAGCCGAGGGGAUUUCCUUCUAUCAGUCAAUGGCACCUCAUUGGCAGGCUUAGCCCACGGGGAUGUCUUGAAGGUUCUGCACCAGGCUCAGCUGCACAAGGAUGUCCUCAUGGUCAUCAAGAAAGGGAGUGAUCAGCCCAGGCCCUCCACCAGGCAGGAGCCUCCCACAGCCAACGGCAAGGGCUUGAUGUCCGGAAAGAGCAGCCCCCUGGAGGCUGGAAUGGGGAGAAGCCUGGCUGCCCACGAGGCUCUGUGUGUUGAAGUGCUGAAGACCUCAGCUGGGCUGGGGUUGAGCCUGGACGGAGGGAAAUCGUCUAUGUCUGGAGACGGGCCCCUGUUCGUUAAAAGAGUAUACAAAGGUGGUGCAGCUGAGCAAGCUGGAACAAUAGAAGCUGGAGAUGAAAUUCUUGCCAUUAAUGGGAAAUCUCUGGUUGGGCUCGUGCACUUUGAUGCCUGGAAUAUUAUGAAGUCUGUCCCAGAGGGACCUGUGCAGUUAGUCAUUAGAAAGCACAGGAAUUCUUCAUGCAACAAGCACUGGUAGUAACACUAAUAGUGCUUGUUACUUUUUUUUUUUUAACCAGAAUCUCCUCUUCUCAGUUCUUUUCUUUCUUUAGCAAACCAUAAAGACUUUAAACAGUGGGUUCCAGAAACAACAGAGAAGCACUGGUGUGGAAAGGACUAUCAAACUCUCCAAGUUUUUACUUAUAUGUGAAACAGCAGCAAUGGAGCUGCACCCCAGAAGUCUUCCGACUGAAUCACCUAGGCCAGGAGGGCUCAUCCUGUUCCAGUGCCUGUCCCCUACCACCCUUUAUGUUCAUUGAUGGGGACACAAGAUGCGGCAUGCCCCUCUUCACUUGAAACCUUUAGUGAGACCUUCGAAUCCUUCUUGCCACCUAUCCCAGCAUACUCAGUCUUGGCAAUUAGGGAGCUAACAAUCUGAGGAGCAACACAACUGUCCCAACUGAAAGGACUGUAGUUUUAUAUAAUUUUGUAAGUAAAUAACAGAAGGCUUUUAGGCACAUUCAGUGGAAAGAGCGUUGGGUCUGUGUGUUAUCCUGAAAAGAAAAUGACACUUGAAAAACAAAAUCAAUUAUGACCGAUUGGUUAGGCUGAGCUCAGGAAUUUAUCCAAAAAUGAAAAAGCAGAAUAGAGAAAGUGGUAUUUUUAGUGAGUGUAAUGUGCAGCGUACGGAUGCAUAGUUCAACUCAGUGGUUAUUGAUCACCAUUAAGUGUUGAUCAUGAUCUAAAAGUGUAUGUCAUAAGGCAGUUUUAUAGGGAUGCAGUUCCAAUAAACUGUACUGAAUAGCCAUGAACUUUGCUGCUUAGAAUGAGCAGAAAGUUCCAGCUCUGAAAGCACCUUGCAUCUAGUUUGGAACUUGUCUUGAAUAAAUUCUUGAAUUCAAGACUGGUCAACAAAAGAGCAAACAAAAAUAUCAUUGUCACUGGGUUUCCAUUUCUAUAUUUUAUGUACUCCAAUUACUAAUGUAAAUUUUUAGAAAUCAGUUAUCUUUUUAGUAUCCCUGGAUUUAUAAUCCAAAUAGAGGAGCUUAAAAUAAUCCUUUUAUGGAACAUUUUUUCUUUGACUGCCCCCCACCCCCCACCCCCACAACUUUCUGAACAGGCUUAAGAAAUGUAGCAUUUCUAAGCCUUGGAUCUAUUCUUCUGACCUGGGUGUAAUGACAUAGCCCUGCAGUGACUGAAAUUUUUGCUCUUUUUGUUUUCCUGUUUUGCAACGUCUUCCUUUUGCCAAAAAUGUUUCCCUGCAGAAUACUGCUGUGACUCACGCUUGCUUGUGACCCAGCUGCUCUUUCAAAGCACGAGCUUCUUCAGAGUAUCUGUUCCCAUUCGAUGUGCUCUUCCUCGUCACAAAACUGGCUCUUCUCCCCUCGUACUGUACCUUCUUUUCCUAAAAUCCAAACCCACAUCAGCUUAAUUUACCAAAAUGUAAGAAGAAGAUGGAGAAUGAGGGUGAGUGGUCGUUCAAGGGAAGGAGCAGAACUGUGUGGUGACAACCCACAUCCUCGGGUGACACAAGCUGAAUGAGUCCUGUGAAUACGGGUGAGCCUGCAUGCCUGCGUGCAUGGUGACGCUAAGGCUUUCUGUUGGCGAUUUCUUUAAUUAACCUAUUUCUGAGUGACUAAUCCCAGUCAACCUCUGGAGUUGGCCCAGAGAGAGGUCGCUCAGAUGGCAGUGAACUAUCUGGCUUGUAUGAGCCCAGAUUUCUCAUUUUUAAACAGGUUAUACAAAAGAGAAUGUAGUUCAAGAGUUAGCUAGAAAGACCAGAUUAAUUUAGCUUCUACUUUUCACUAUUACAGUUCCAGGUAGGAUACUAUAGGAAGUCAGUCAGUGCAAGGUGCAUGCUAGAUUGUUUCUAAGUCUCUGGGGUCAGUUGGUGGCUUCUGCUUUCUUGCCUAAAUGAUGAGAGGCUAUUUGAGGUCAAAACGCCUUUUAAAUUUCUUGCCUCCCUUCUUCCGGCUGUGCCUACAUAGAAAUGCACAGUCCUGUGUGACAGGACUUUCUAGAGCAGUGGGAGCAAUGGAACGGUCUCUUGUAUCAGAGACCUUGUUCCGGUUCUUCCUUGUAUCGGAAGCAUGCAAGGGUGGCCCUCUGGCUCACUAAACUGUAUUAAAGUCAUCAGCCAUUUCUAGAAGACCUUGCCAAAACAGUUCCCUUGCAAUAUGGCAGCUGGGAUUUAAGGGAAGAAGCAAAAGCUCAACUUUGACCCUAAGAUAGAAAGCUAUUUAUUUGUCGUCAGUGUUCAAGGCAUGACUAGUAUUGCUAAUGAGUCUAAUAAAUUCCCACACUUCCUGACAUGAACACUAAUGGUGUUGUCCUACUAAAACUUGCUUUGUUUUCGUUUCUUAACUGGUCAGUCAGUCAUCCACAAUAAGCUAUGAUGGUAACUGUUAUAACAUGUAAGUCAGUCUUAGUUGCAAGGCUAUAUACCGUGAAGGUUGAAGUAGGUUGGGUUUCAUUUCUAUCCUUCCAUACACAGCUCAUUUAAUUUUAGGGUUAACUUAAUUGGCAUCACACCUGUUGUAUGAUAUUAUACAUUAUCCUUUAUUUAUGUAAAAUAAAAUGCCUUAUAUAUUAUUAAAGAGUAAGUGCAAUAAUAUGAAAUAGCCUGUACAUUUUAAAAAAUGUUGUCGCCAAGUUAUGUAAAUCCACAUCUCUAUAAACAACCUUUUUUAAGUAAUUUUAAAAAAAUAAACUGUUUACUACUUGUU